AUGCACAAGACUCAAGAACUUCAACCCACUUUUACUACAGUCGAAGUAGCUGGUCAAUACGUUGACAGUUAUAACUUUUUUGUCACGUGGUUUAUUCCUCGCUUUAUUAGGCCAUUUCUCUUUCGAUUGGGUUUCGUUAGGAGAGAUCGAAAGUCUUUGACUAAGGAAAUUCGUACCGGCCCCAGAUACAUUUUUUGCUAUCAUCCUCAUGGAGUCAUUGCUUUCGGAAUUACAGGAGCAUUUGUCGGUGAGGGACUUGAAAUCAAUAAGUUUUUUCCCGGAAUUCAUUGCUUUCUAUUAACGUUGGUCAACCAGUUCAUGUUACCCUUUUAUCGUGAUUAUAUUAUGGCUCUUGGUGUAGGUCUGGUUACACGUAAAGGUAUUUCUGCUCUUCUUGGCCAAGAUCAAAGUGUGAGUAUAGUCAUCGGUGGAGCCUCUGAAAGCUUGCUGGCCAGGCCCGGUCUGAAUUCUAUAGUUCUUAAUCGCAGAAAGGGAUUUAUAAAGAUGGCUUUGAAGAUGGCCGGAAUCAGCAAUUCCAGUAUUAUCAAGCCAGGCGAAAACGAUCUUUGUCUUGUUCCCUCAUAUGGCUUCGGUGAAAAUGAUAUUUAUAGUGUCUACUACACCAAGGAAGGUGAAGAUAAGCUCGAUCCUUCAGAGAAAUUACCCAAGAGACUUUUGAGAUACGUACAGAACUGGCUCAAGAAGAAUUUGGGUUUUACUCUGCCCAUCAUCACUUCUCGUGGUAUCUUUAACUACGAUUUUGGUCUAUUACCUUACAGAAGGCCUAUUAAUAUCGUCUUUGGAAAGCCAAUUCCCAUUAAGAGGCUUUAUGGAAAUAAGCCCGGUGAUCCUGUCUCAUCUCAAGAAAUUCAGUAUUAUCAUCAGUUGUAUACGGAUGCUUUGAAGCG